AUUUUUAAAUGUUUUAUUGUAAAGUGAUGGCUACUGUGUUUUUUAUUUUAUUAAUCCUUGUUAUACAUUCCUUAAGUACAGAAUGGGAGAUUCCAGCCGUGAAGAAAUAUCCGUUUGUUGUGAGCAUUCAGAAAAAGUGGAAAGAGCAACACGUUUGUUUAGGUACAAUUAUAAAUGUCAAUUACGUAAUUACGUCCUGUAAUUGCUUCUGUGACUGGAAUGAGCCAUGGGGCGAGCGGGUGUGUUAUGGGAAAGGCGAUUUCGUGUUGUAUUACUCAAAAAACCGAACUGCCCAAGACGAUCGGGGUGAAUCCAAGGAAAUAGCUGCUCUGAAGAUUCACCCCGAUUGCGGCCGAUUCAAAAAAAGGCUGGGCUGGGAUUACAACAUGGCGAUUGUAGUAUCAAAGAGCGAGUUCAAGUCGUGGCCGUCGGCGAAACCGAUUUUCAACUUGGUCAAAAGGGAAGCGGUGGCCAGUCUGCACGGCUACCAAAACGGCGAAUGUACGUCUGUCGUUCGUCGUAACGGAUCGACAUUUGUCAACUUGACGAACCGAAUUUACUUCCAGGCCGUCGAACUGACAGUUCUCACCUUCGACGACUGUAUCAAAGCUAUCUGUCUGUUCUCGCACGACUCAUGUUUGACGAAAGACAGCGACGACGACCACCACAUCUGCGUCCGCCCGCUCAGAUUCGACAACCACAUCUGCGAGCUGGAUCAAGGUGCGCCCCUCCUCUGUGCCAAUCGCUUCUGGGCCAUUUUGGAUUGGAAACCACUUUGUUCUACAUCCGUUCGGUCACCGGCACUUUUUUCAAUACUCAAUCCGAUUGGAGUUUUAUACAACGUAUUGAAAGACGGGUCGUCGCACAUCAACGGAUCAACGAUUUUAACAUUCAUAUGUUUAUGUUUGCACAUUUUUUUAUUUCUGAAUGUGUAAAUAAAAUGUCCCGGGAAUGUUUGUUUUAUUACAUUUGCCUUCUCGAUUUUGAAAAGGUAAAGAUUUAGAUGGCAUUUAUCUUCAACAACACUAAAUACACUCCACUGAAAUAUUUCACAACUAAAUGGCUAUAAUAAUAACAAAACAGUUUGAUGUUUAAUGAAUUUAAAAUGUCUGUUUACAACUACAAAAUACAUACAUUUUUAUUUUUAAAAUUUCCGUUAGAGUAUAUGUUCUUAAAAAAUCAUUAAAAUACUUUUUAGUAGGAAAAUGUUAAAUGCCUGCCGCUUUGCGGCUUCUCGUCAUCUUCAGAGAUGAGGCUUUCCCCACCCAACCAGCACGCCGUGCUUAAGAAAGACUUCAUACCGGCAAAACAAACAUUUACUCGGCAUGUUAAAAUUACAGUUUUUGGGGAGUGUUUAAUUUCUUAAGGCUUGGUCUCACCUACGAAGAGAGAUCAAAAUAAGCAUUGUUUUAAGUCGAGAUCUCGCGCGGGCAGAUGCUUUGGCCAACGACUCGAUCGAAGAAAAGGUAGUGAUUGACAACGAAGCGCGGCGGGUCGAGACGAUCGUUUUAUUGCUCUUAACGCACCACGGAACCGUCCACUUAACGGCUUCCUUGAUAGGUAGUCAACUCCAAACGGUCCGUAAUGUAAAGGCGAGCUGUAAAACAGUCAACAGAAAGAAGCUUCGUGAGAAUAGUGUAGUCUCUAGACGUCCCGCAUCAGAUUCUCAACAUCGAAAGAGGUGCCGGUGGCAAUCAGUUGACCGGGAAUGUGGAGUGGAGUACACGCUUUUCCUGUGUCAUGCACGAGUCACAAACUUUUCAAAGACAAUCAGUUAUAGUGUGGGGUGUUCUUUGUCUACGCUAAGGUACAUCGAGGAAGUUCUUCUGGAAGCUAAGGUCCCAUUCGUUCCAUUUAUUGGGAUAACAUCGUGUUAAUGUAUAAUAACAGUCCAUUGUGAAUUUUAAAAAACACUUAUGACACAUUAUAAAAAGACGGGUUAGACAUCUUUUGCCGCCUACAACAAGCGUUGAACAGCUUCAAACCACUGAUAAAUGCAAUUAUGUUUCACAAGGUGAAAUUUUUAAUUUCGGUUUCUUAUUUACUCGAUGCUUAGGAGACUUAAGACCCUCCGAGAGGCCAGAGGAAGUAAUAAGCGUUAUUAAGAGCAAACAAAGUUUAUACAUUGUUAUUUAAAUUUUAAACUAUC